UGUCAAUUCGGGGCCUCACCUGCUAGGAAUGUUCUUACGCCAUGGACGAUCCUCCUUUUGGCCUUGGCUCGUCUGCUCCAUCGCCCCUCCUAUAUAAGAGCUCCAAACCAUGGUUGGCUCCCUUCACAAGCCAGCUCUUGGUUGCAGGCACCUCAAGGGAAAAAAGAUCGAUAGGAGUAAUUAAGCCACCCGAUCAGACUACUCGCUCUGCUGAUCGAUCGCAACUGUUUCCCCAGUUCCUCUUUCGACGCAGCAACCAGAAGCAAGCGAUGAAGCAAAAGAUCGUGAUCAAGGUGAGCAUGUCGUCCGAGAAGAGCCGGUCCAAGGCCAUGGAGCUCGUCGCCAGAGCAGACGGGGUGAGCUCGAUGGGGGUCACCGGCAACGGCAAGGACCAGCUGGAGGUGGUCGGCGACGGCGUCGACACCGUCUGCCUGGUCAAGUGCCUGCGCAAGAAGCUCGGCCACGCCGACAUCCUCAAGGUGGAGGAGGUGAAGGACAAGAAGCCCGAGGAGAAGAAGCCGGAGGAGCCCAAGGUCGUGGACCUGCCGCCGUAUUACUACCCCGGUUACUACUACCACCACCACCAUCUGCCGGCGCCGUGGUGGUGACAACUGAAAAGCCCAGUUUUUGCAGUAGUAGUUUGAUUCAUAUUCGUUUCAUUCCAUACUCGUAUUUGUUUGUGCGAGGGAAAAGCUAUAUAUAAAAGAACAGUUCUGCAAUUGUCCGUUCGUGUGGAAAAUUUGAUUUCUUUUAUUACGAGACCCGGGAGCUCAGCGAGCCUCGCGGCAUGGUGUAUGGAGUGAAUGUAAUCACGUACUCCCUCCGUAUCAAAAUAAUUAUAACUGUUAA